UUAAUUUGGUUUUACACAUUAAUAUUAGGAAAAUGUUCAUAGAAUAAAAACAAAAGGGUGUAGGAGAGAAUAAAAAGCUUACUUCUAGUGCCAAAUUCACACAUAGCUCAAGAAGGUAGAGGCAUAAAUGGCAAAGAGCAUCUAUGGAAUGUCAAUGGAUGGUGAUGAACCACCACCACAAUAUGUAGUUAAAGGAGAUAAUAGUAAUAAUAAUAGUAUUGGGUUAAAAGAUUCAUUAUCAUCAUCAUCAGUUAUGAUUCCAAUACCCAUAAUUGAUGUGAGUCUGCUGUCAUCAUCAGAACCUGAGUCUGAGAAGCUUAGAUCUGCUCUCACAUCAGCUGGAUGCUUUCAGGCAAUUGGUCAUGGAAUGUCAACAUCAUAUCUUCACAAAAUACGCCAAGUUUCAAAGCAAUUUUUCCAACUUUCAGUUUAGGAAAAACAGAAAUAUUCACGACCUGCUAAUAACUCAGAAGGGUAUGGAAAUGACAGAAUAGUUUCAAAGAAGCAAGUCCUUGACUGGUUCUAUCGCUUAAUUCUUCGAGUUUUUCCAGAAAAGAAUAGAAGGCGUUCUCUUUGGCCACAAAAUCCUAUUGAUUUUAGUGAGAUAUUAGAAGAAUUUUCCAUUAAAGUGAAGUCAAUGAUGGAUUAUCUAUUGAGAUGCAUGGGAAGGUCACUGAAUCCGGAAGAGGGUAGCUUCUUGGAUCAGUUUGGAGGACAAUUUAUUUGCAGCAAGUUUCAGUUUUAUCCACGUUGUUCAAGACCCAAUUUGGUACUCAAGCCUCAAAAUAGAUCAGUAAUCACAGUUCUAAUGCAAGACAAUGGAGUGGAAGGCCUUCAAGUUCUCAUAGAUGAGAAAUGGGUCAAUGUCCCCACAAUACCUAAUGCUCUUGUUGUCAAUCAUGGUGAUCAAAUGCAGAUUAUGAGUAAUGGAAUAUUCAAGAGUCCAAAGCACAGGGUUGUGACAUACAAAGAAAAGAUGAGGAUGUCAGUGGCCAUGUCCUAUGAACCAGAAGCAGAGAAUGAAAUUGGACCUGUGGAAAGCUUAAUAACUGACACACGUCCAAGGUUGUACAAGAAUGUUAGAAACUAUGGUGAAAUCAACUACAGGUGUUAUCAAGAGGGGAAGAUACCACUUGAAAUGUUCAAAUAUACAUAACAAUUCUCAUCAGCAUUAAGGCUACAAUUCCUACUUGAAUACCCUGUGACAAUAGAAAUCUGUUGGAACUUGGAACAAGCUAAAUAAUAUUUCUAUUUAGUAAGUCAAAUUACUCAAAAAAAAUGUAUACGGUUAUUCCCUUGUGAUGCCACGACUCAUUUUAUACCCAUAAUUUUCCGUCAAAACAGCAUACUAUUAGUUUUCCCC